CGCUCAGAGAUGCUGAAGCCAGGCGAUCCCGGCGGAUCGGCGUUCCUCAAGGUGGAUCCCGCUUACCUUCAACACUGGCAGCAGCUUUUCCCGCACAGCAGUCCGCUCAAAGGCGGCGCGGGGCUUUUGGGCCACCUCCAGGCGCCGGACAGACCUGUGGACCCCCCGGCGGACAGCCUCCGCCAACUGCCGGCCCCUCUCUCCUCGGCCUCUUCCUCCUCCUCCUCCUCUUCUUCCACCCCGUCUUCCGCCGCCUCUUCCUGCGCCGCCGCUUCCCUGGCCAGCUUGACCUCGCUGCCGGUGGCUCAGAUCCCGGUCUACGGACCGAUCCCGAGCUCCGAGUCCCCUCCCGGAGCCCCGGCUGCCUUGCUGCAGACCAAGGACCUGGCAGGAGGCGGCGGCGGCGGCGCCAAGUGCCUCGACAGGGCGGCCACCCGCUUCCGUUGCACCGCCGAAGAGUUGGACUAUUACCUGUAUGGGCAGCAGCGCAUGGAAAUCAUCCCUCUCAACCAACAUGCCGGGGACCCCAAUAACCGAUGUGACAUGUGUGCCGAUAACCGUAAUGGGGAAUGCCCCAUGCAUGGGCCCCUGCACUCUUUGCGCCGCCUGGUGGGCACUAGUAGUGCUGCAGCAGCAGCACCUCCUGAGAUUCCUGAGUGGCUUCGGGAUCUGCCACGGGAAGUGUGUUUGUGCACCAGCACGGUGCCUGGCUUGGCUUAUGGCAUCUGUGCUGCCCAGAGGAUUCAGCAGGGCACCUGGAUUGGGCCUUUCCAAGGAGUUCUUCUUCUUCCAGAAAAGGUGCAGACUGGAGGGACCAGGAAUACUCAGCACCUCUGGGAAAUAUAUGACCAAGAUGGGACACUACAGCACUUUAUCGAUGGUGGGGAACCUAGUAAGUCAAGCUGGAUGAGGUAUAUUAGAUGUGCGAGGCACUGUGGAGAGCAGAACUUAACAGUAGUCCAAUACAGGUCAAACAUAUUCUACAGAGCCUGUAUGGAUAUUCCCAGGGGCACAGAGUUGUUGGUGUGGUACAAUGACAGCUACACAUCUUUCUUUGGAAUUCCUUUGCAGUGCAUUGCACAGGAUGAGAACUUGAAUGUACCGUCAACUGUAAUGGAAGCCAUGUCAAGACAAGAUACCCUACAGCCAUUUAACAAAAGUAGCAAACUACCUUCUGCCACUCCCCAGCGAUCCAUAGUAUUUCCACAGACUCCAUGUAGCAGAAAUUUCUCCCUUCUGGAUAAAUCAGGAUCUAUUGAAUCAGGAUUUAACCAGAUCAGCGUGAAAAACCAGCGAGUCCUUGCAAGUCCGACAUCUACAAGCCAAUUAAAUUCCGAGUUUAGUGACUGGCAUCUUUGGAAAUGUGGGCAAUGCUUUAAGACUUUCACCCAGCGAAUCCUCCUGCAGAUGCAUGUGUGUACACAGAAUCCUGACAGAAAUUCCCAACAAUCCCAUUUGGGGGGCUCCAGAAAGGGGCCCUAUCAGUGUGGACACUGCUCCCAGUCCUUCUCCCAACCUUCAGAGCUACGGAACCACGUAGUCACCCAUUCCAGUGACAGACCAUUCAAGUGUGGCUAUUGCGGUCGUGCCUUUGCUGGUGCUACUACCCUCAACAAUCAUAUCCGGACACACACAGGGGAGAAGCCCUUUAAGUGCGAGAGGUGUGAGAGAAGCUUCACACAAGCCACCCAGCUGAGUCGACACCAGAGGAUGCCCAAUGAGUGCAAGCCAAUAACAGAGAGCACAGAAUCAAUUGAAGUGGAUUAACUGAUUGACUGGUUGGAAUUAAACUGCAAGGAAAGUCAUGAUUAAAUGUCACGGACACUUAAGCAAAACCAAAGAUUUCCUCUGAGCAACUUUCAAUCAGUCCCAGAAAACCAAGAGCAGUAAUAAAAUAAGUAAGAUGUUAAGAGAUAUUGAUCCUGGUGUGGAAGUGAAACCAGGAAAGAGAUUAUUUAUUUAUGACUAGGAAUGAGACUGAUUUCAAUGGACAAGAAACUAGGGCCAGCUAGCAUUUCUAGUCCCCAUCCCACCAAGUAUUGCUUUAUUUCUAAAAGCUUUUAUAAUUGUUAUUUAAUACCAAAGCAACAGAUAUCAAGGGUUCUUUUACCCGUAGCUAUGACUAAGAAUGCACAUGAACUUGUUUAUUGUUGCACCUUUUUCUUUAGCAUGACUCAGUGGACCCAGGUAUACUCCGUCCUGGCUGGGCUUUAUUGGGUCGCGCUGCUCUGGAUGUGUCUGUAAUUAAAAAAAAAUGUUGUAUUUAAAUGGCAAGACAGAGAAGACAAUUCAGGACCAUCUUUGUGUUGGUGUCAGACCUCCUCCAGCUGAUGGACAUUUCAUUCCCAUGGUUUCAAAAAUCACAUUUUGUGCACUUUUUUUUGUAUAAAUGUUUUCAUUACCCAGUGUCGUAUUGGCCCAGAAGAUCCCAGAAAUGUUAAAUAAA